GGGUCCGAGUCUCUUUGAAUUUUAUGAAGCGGUUGUAUCUUGGUGGUGCCCCAACAGCCAACCAAGCCAGCCGCCAGCGAGCAAGCCAACAUCAGCCCAGCAACAAGCCACCAGCCACCAGCGAACCGACCAACCUAGAACCCGAGUUGGUCUCGCUGUCGUCUGCAGCAGCUUCAUUCAAAAUUGUCCGAUUUCUCGACAGUUUUGCUCCAUCAGAAGCUAACGAACUAUUGACACAGUGGAUUAUUUUAACGCAGCAAUUGCUGAAAUAAAAAAGCAAACACCAAUCGGUGAUUUAAAAUACUAAAAUAAAAGUUUCUAAUAAAUAAACUAACUUAGACUGUCGAAUCAGUGCGCGAAAUGUUAAGCAUCAUUCGUCAAAAGGAAUAAAAGGAUCUAAAACUGUGCAACAAAGUGCAAAAACGAAUCUUAACUCAAAUAACAAACAAAAUCAAAAAUAUAAACUGCAGUACAAGUGGCAAAGUGUUGAACAAUAAUUUUCAAAAGUUCUUUACAAAAAUUAAUUCGUUGAGUUUCUUGAGUGAAAAAGCUACACACACAAGCAAAACGAUGACAAGAAAACGAUCGAGUCCGCUGGGACUCGAGGAGCUGAUGUCUCUGGCCGUGCUGCUGUUGGUGCUGCCAGCGUUAACGCUAGCCGCUCCCGUACAGGAGUAUACGGAAAUAACACCGUAUCCAGAGGGCUGCUACUACAACUAUGGGCAUUACAAUGAAGGUGACCGCAUCAUGACCAAUGAGCCGUGUCUCAACUGCACCUGCCACAACCGCAUGCUCAUGUGCUAUCUGCGCGUUUGCCCAUUCACUAAGCCAAUUGGUCAGGAUUGCAUUGUGGAGAAGCGCGAAGAUCAGUGCUGUCCUAUCGUUACCUGCCCAGUGGUUCAUGUCGAAGUGCCGUAUCGUACGCCCGAGCCUGGAACUGAGCUGAGCAUACCCGAAAAGUUCGGCUGCAGCAUUGAAGAGAAGUUCUACCCGGAAGGCGCCCAGGUGCCGUCGAACCCGAACAAACCCUGCGAACUCUGCUACUGCAUUAACAAUCAGACCAAAUGCGUUAUGCAGGAGUGCACCCUGCAUGUGGAUGGCUGCACACCCAUCUACAACAAAGGCUCUUGCUGUCCAGUACGCUACAGUUGCGACCAUGAGAACGAUGUUCUUGAGCUGGAGGACCAUUCCACAACAACGACCACUGUUCGUCCGACACCUGGAUUUAUUCUGACCACUACCAUGACUCCGGCUGUGUCGACGGAUUGCAUCCACAACGGAGAGACCUUCGCCGAUGGUGCCUCCAUCGAGGGCAAGAAUGCUUGCGAGCAUUGUUACUGCAUGCGCGGUGAUAUUGUGUGUGCCGUCCAAGAAUGCGAGAUGCCAAUGAGUACGGCCAGUGGCAAAACUUGCCGUGCCAUGCCAGCUGCCGAGGGCGAGUGCUGUCCAAGCAACUAUAUUUGUGAUGAUGAUAGUACCACAAGUGACAGCCUUGAAUCCACCACACUGGAGACAAGCCGAGAUGAGGAGCCAAUUACUACAGCAACCCCAGUCAAGGACAUACCCGGUGAAAUACCAAAGGAGGAUCUGGACUUGCAGGAACACAUUGAUGAUAAGAAGAAGGAUGAGGACGUGACCACAGAAGUUGAUCAAGGGGAGACCACAGUCGCUCCGACUCAUGACGAUAAGAUUAAGGAAAAGGAACCUGAAACCUCUACUGUGGUCACGGAUGCUAGAAUCGAUACUCCAGCGGAGUCUUCUACGACGUCGAUCGAAGAAGGUAGCGGAGAGGAAGAUAUCAGCAAGGCAACAACGCCAGCAGCAGAGGGAACUGAAAAGCCCGCAGAGCCAACUAAAGAAGGAAGCGGAGAAGACACGACACCCACUUCAUCUGAGGAAGGUAGCGGGGAAGCCGACACUACAUCCGCACCUUCAUCGCAAGAAACCAGCGCCGAAAGCGAAGAAGAUAUUGUCAAGACUUCCACACCUGUUGCUCCAACUAGUAUUUCUGGAGAUGGUCAGGACGCUACUACACCCACUAUUGAUGUUAGCGAGAAAGAGGAAGUGCCGAAAGAGACUCCAUCUGUGGGCGUUACUGGUGAAGAAGAUGUUCCGAAGGGUACAACUCCAGUUUCUACAGUCACCGAUGAGGAGGACGCCUCGAAGGCAACAACUCCAAGUGAAGAAGUUAGCGAAACAGGCGACGUCGCCAGGAUUACCACUCCAACAUCUGACAUUAGCGAUAAGGAAGAUGAUAUUAAGGGAACAACUCUUGCAUCUGAUGUUAGCGACGAGGAAGAAAUUGCCAAGCCUACAACUCCAACUGACAUUACGGAUAAGGAAGAUGGUGUCAAGGCUACAACUUCAGCUGCAGUGGCUAGCGAUAAGGUUGAUGAAGUUGAGUCUUCAACACCAACUUCAAUUAGCGACAGUGAAGAAGUUGCCAAGGGUACAACGCCAGCCGCUGAAUCUGGCGACAAGACUGAAGACAUCGUUCCAACUACAGACAGUGAUAAGGAAGACGAUGUCAAGGCAACAAGUCCUUCUGCAGAUAAGGAUGAGGAGUUCAAGGUUACAACUCCAAAGGCUGACACUGGUAAGGAAGACGAUCUUAAGGCUACAACUUCAGCCACAGAUGUUUCCGAUAAGGAAGAAGCUACAACUCCAGCAAUUGAAGUUGAUGAGGAAGAAGUUGCAAAGGGUACAAGUCCAGCUGCUGAAUAUGACAUCAAGGCUACCACUCCUGCAGAUAGCGAAAAGGAUGAGGAUGAGGUCAAGACAACAACGCCGGUCGCUGAUGUUAGCGACAAGGCAACAACGCCAGCCAAGGAAGUCAGUGGUGAGGAAGAUAUUAUCAAGGAAACAACUCCUGCCCCAGAAGAACAGGAUACUAGUAAGCCCGACACUUCUGCAGCAGAUGAACUCGCUGAAGAAGAUAUUGUUAAGGCUACAACUCCCGUUGCUGAGGGUAUUGAUGCUACCAAGGAGAGUACCGAUGAUAUUGCUAGAGCCACAACUCCUGCUGGUCCUACUGUUGAAAAGGCUGAAAAGGCGACCACUCCUGCAAAGGAUGUUAGUGAUAUUGAUAUUACUAAGGACACAACUCCUGCUGAAGAGAUCAGCGCCUUCACAGAAACUUCUGCAACAGAAGAAAUUAUCAAGUCUACGACUCCUGCAGGCGAGGACCUUAAAAAGGAUACUGACACAUCUACAACUGUUACUGAACAGGCCGGUGAAGAUAUUUCUAUCCAGACUACGCCAUCUGCCGAAGAAGUUAGCAGCGAGAAGGACAAGGACGUUGUUAAGCCCACUGGAGAUGAAAGCGAUGAAGAAGUUAUUCCCAGCACAACUUCUGAUGAAGACACCACUAGCGAAGAAGAAGAAGUCAAGGGUACAACUCCAGCUGCUCAGACCAUCAAGCCCAGCACACCCAAAACUGAAGAAGACCAAACAACAGAGUCUGAAAAAGACUCCACAGAAGAGGAAGCUGUUCCGACAACAACAACGCCAGCUCAUAUUUCAUCAUCUACCACUGAAGGUAUCAGUGAGCAGGAUAUCUCAGACGUCAGUUCAGAAGAAGAGACGCCCGCUGUGCAAAGCACCACAGCUUCUCCCAAACAACCCGAAGACCAGGAAAGCGACGAGAAAGAAUCUCUGGAGGAUCACACUGAGGAAGCUACUACUAUCGAAGCAGAAAAGGAAAUUGUGUCUUCCACUAUUGCACCACUUGAUAAGGAACCCUCUGAAAAAGACAAAGAUGAAGACCAAACUACACAAGCAGUGCCUGUCAAGUCUGAUAUUGCUACUUCUGUCACUGAAGCUGAUCAAAGCACGGCUCAACCUGACAAAAGUGAAGAAGCCACAACCGAUAAACCGUCAACACUGUAUCUGCCUCCUGUGUCGGAAGAUGAACCAAAAGGCACCGAGAUCCCAGAAACCAGUGAAGAAGAUCUCACUGCCUCUACUUCUGAGGAGGAAUCAUCUGAACCUGCUAAGGUUACACCUGAGAAACAAGACACAGUUGAUACCCGUCACGACUUUACCCCAGAGAGUACAACAUUGGCACCCAGCUCAGAAGAGGAUUCAACAGCUGCAGCAAUGCCAGAUAUGCAGCUGCCGUCUGGCAUACCCGGUGAAGGUGACUGCCUGGUUGAGGGCAAAACAUAUACCAACAAUACCGAUGUACCAGCAACCACACCCUGCGAUAUAUCCUGCAAGUGUAUUAGCAGCAUUGUAUCAUGCAAGCCAGUGGAAUGCAGAAUUCCUGCAGAUAGCGAGAACUGUGUUCUGGAUACCGAGCAUUCUGACGGCUGCUGCCCAACGUACAUUUGUGAGUCUGAUUCCACUACUCCGAAAGCCGUUGAAACUUCUGAUGAAACCAAGUCAACCACAAUCGUUCCCGAAACAAGUCAUGAUGUGGAGCCUACUACGCCUGAGAACAUACCAAAGGAUGUCAUUAUGCCUACUGGCAUUACUGAGCUGCCAAUGUCACAUGUUAAGCCAGAUGAAGAAGUCUCGCCCGUAACCACGCAAACUCCCGUUUCAGAAGAGGCUACAACAGAAAAAGAUGUUAAGAGGCCAACUAAGGAGGAACCAAUUGAAGAAGGUGAAAAAGUGGUUUAUGCUACUCCCGCACCUGAGAAAGAAGACCAGAAACCUUCUGAGAAAGAGCCCACACCUGAGGAUGAUGGCGUUAAGGAAACUGCAGUGCCAACGACAGAGAAAACUGUUAGUCAACCAGAAUAUGAGCCAACAACAACGACCGCUUCAGCUGCAGAUGAAACCCAAAAGAAGACAGACGAUGUGCUGGCUACACCAACCACUGCUCCUAUUUCAAGUGAUGAUGAAACUAAAGAAGAGAAGCCCGCUGACGAAAAAUUGGGUGUCGCCGAAGACAAGAUUCCCGCAACUACAAUUGUUCCUACAUCUGCUGAGACAACUAGUAAGCCUGAGGAAGAGCCUUCAUCCACAGAAGCACAUGUUGAAGAUAUUGAUAAGAAGCAAGUUGAUGAUUCUGAAAAGAUUCCCGUAUCAUCCACGACCACACCAUCUGAAAGCGAGGACGCCACGACUAUUGCUUCACCUGCUGAAGGUUCUGAGUCUUCAGAUGGCAAGCCUUAUAGCCCUGAAGACAGUAUUGCUGCGACUACUGCUCGCCCUGAUACCGAAGAAGAUCAAGACAAGAAGAAACUCUCUAUCCCAGAGGCAACCACAUUUAUGCCUGAUGUAUCGGAGACAGAUGAAAAGAAACCUGCAGAAGAGGAGGCAUUUACUGAGUCCGCUGUUGAGAAGAAACCAGAACAAGAAACAUCUGAUGACCAAUCCACCUCCACUCCCGCCGUCAGCAAGGUGCAGGAUGAAACCACUGUAUCUUCUGUUGCAAUUGAUGAAGAGAGUGAUUUAUCGACAGAAAAGCCCACAUCUGCAGUGGAAGACGACGUUUCUAGUGCUACAAAGUCUCCUGAAGACGAAUUUGCGCCAUUGCCAACAACUGUGCCCUCAACAGUACCAGAAGGUGAAAAGAAACCAUCACAAGAUGAAACUGCAACUGAAAAGGUUGAAGUCGAAAUCACAUCAGUACCUUCAGUUACUGUUUCUCCAACUGCUGAUAAGGAUGAGCCAUCCAUUACUGCGUCGCCAUCUGCAGAUGAGGAAGAUACGCUUGGUCAUACGACGGACAGAAUUCUACCUGAAAAGCCAACAGAGGAUAAAUCGGAGGAGGAGCCUUAUACAACUUAUGCUCCUGUUAUUGAUGUAUCUAAGAAACCAUCUCAGGCAGAUGAUAAACAUGAUAGUGAGGUGCCAGCAAUCUCAACAUCUACACCAUCUGAAACGAAAGAUCAAGAAGAUGAAGAGUCUACAACGAUAUCCACAUCUAUCAAGGAUGAGGAGCCACAAGUUCCACUCGAAGAGUCCACAAGUGCAGCUCCCUCCGUUCAAGAUCACACCAAGAAAACAACCGACAAAGAGGAAGAAGAGAGUUCCACAGUAUCGGAGAUUGAUGAGGUUACAACCAUUGGUCCAAAAACUCCAAGCAAAGACGCAGAAAGUACAUCAUCCUCAGUGGCACCCCCAGAGAUUGCGAUUGACAUCACAACUGUUGCACCAAGCACAGAGGAAGAGGCAGGCACAGACAAGCCCAUUGACAUUGAAGGUUCCAAAACGCCAUUGCAAAGUGAAUUGCCCGAGGAUAAGACUUCUUCAACAACCCCUCAAUCUUAUAGCGAAGAGGCUCCAGAGUCAUCAACUAAGAUUUCAGAGGAUAUUGACAUUGACUUGGAGCAAUUUACUACAGUUUCGCCUGCUUUGCAAGGAGUGCCUUCUAAACCAUCUGAUGAAAAGAUUCCAACCACAUCUGAUGAAGGGGAUAGCACAGAAGAAAGCUACACCGGAACCACUGAGGAACCACAAGCUACAGACGACAAGAAAUUCCCAUCUUUGCCUACAACUCAAUCAUCAAUUGCGCCCGAAAAGGAUAUUAAGACACCGAGCACUUCCGAUGAAGAAGCUGAUCAAGAACCAGACACUGACUCCACAACAGUUGUUCCAUCGUCAGAGGAAGAGGAACAUAUUCCUACUAAGGUCUUGCCAACAACAGCGCCUGUUGAUAAAACUGAUUCAACAACUAUUACACCUGCCGAAGAAGAAAUUGUUAAAAUGCCCACUCAGGACGAAACUCAACCUAAGCCAGACGUUAGCGAAGAGUCGACCACAGUUUCGCAAGCAGCCGAUAAGCCAUCGGACGUAUAUCCAACCAAAGUUCCAGCUACGGAUGAGCUUGAGGGCGAUAAGGAUCUUGAUUCUACAACCGUGCGUCCAGACGAUAAGAUUAUCUCCACUGCUUCGUCUUCUGAUGACGAUAUUCAACAACCAACUACCCCUGCUGCUACUUCUAUUAAAGUGGAAGUCACCACUACGGCUGCUGAUGAAGAGUCUAGUGUUAGUACGGCUGCACCAGCGGUUAUUGCUCAAGACGAUGAUACAGAGGGUACCACAGUCCGUCCCAUUAGUGACAAGACAGGUGUCGCAGAGGAAGGUACUGUUGAGGAAACCAUUUCAACAACACCCGAGUCCGAGGAGGACGAAGAGCCUGCUCGUAUUCCCACCACACCCAAAACGGAAAGUGCAGUGGACACUACAGCCACUCCGAUUCAUAUUCCUGGUGCUGAAGGCGAUGUCAUAUCACAGACUGCUACUCCUCAAAGCGAAGACGAAAAGAUUGUCACAGAAUCUGCCACAACUUCAGCUGAAGAUGCGGAUAAGACUGUUGUUACAGUUGCCCCAGUGGCUGCUGAUGUUGAAUCAACUAGUGAAGUUAGCAAGAAACCAUCCGAUACAGAAGACGUGGGUGAGGAAUCUACCGAGCCAGCUGAUAUUGAGCAUGAAGGCACCACUGAUCAAUCUACUGGUGCCAAACUGAAGCCACCAACACCAACGCCAACUCCAGCAGGAGAUGAAACUUCAACUAAGCAACCUGUGGAGGAUGAAGAUAUUGUGGCAGAAACUGCACAGCCUGAUCUCGAAAAGGAGACUUCAAGCAAAUCGACUGAAGCUCCAGAGUCGGAGACACAAACUGCUGCGCCAUCCGAUACAGAAAAAUCGACAAGAGCUCCAGUUGUUAGUCCCAGCGUGGAAUCGACCGAGGAUGCAGAUGAGUCUGUUGAGUCGGAGGAGGAGCAUACCCUUGCAUCUGAGGACACCCAUAAGGGAGAAGAAGCUGCUGAGUCUGCUGAAUCUGAGGACACCGUUACAGAGCCUGCCAAAAAGAAACCUGAGGUUGAUGAGGAUGAAAUUCCAGCUGUCGUCUCAGAGUUACCCCAGACAACACCUACAACAGCUGCGCAUGAUGAAACAUCUGCAGAAGUGUCCAGCGAGGGAACUCCUACAACACAACCAGACAUCGCCAGUAUUACAACAAUACAUCCACUGUUCGCCCAGCGCUUCAGCACUACACUUUCCCCAGUCAUCGCCGAUAGAGUGUCAGAAGGAGAAACUGAUGCUACACCGACGAAGCAAAGCACUGAGACAUCAACAACCGAGUCUCCGCUCACAACAACUUCCGCGUCUAGCCCACAGCAUGAGUCGAUUACACCUCCAUCAUAUGGUCAUCAGCCACAAUAUCCCUCUUAUCCAGAAGACGAAUACGACGAAGAGGAGGUAUUCGGCCCAGGCACCUGUCGCUAUGCUGGCAAAAUCUACGUGUCGGCGCAGCAAAUCCCACGCGACGAUCCUUGCGACUUCUGCUUCUGCUUCAGAAGCGACAUCAUCUGCUUGCAACAAUCUUGCCCGCCACCAAUUGCUGGCUGUCACGAGGAGCAAAUCACUGGCUUCUGUUGUCCACGAUACGAGUGUCCCGUAACCAUGGCCGCCGUGCUUAAUAUUACGACAAGCACGACAACAACUAGUACCGAACUGCCACCGUUCAUGACGAGCCUAUCCCAUGGCAGUGAAGUGACCCGCACCGGCUGCAGCAUUAAUGGCCGUUCGUACAUGGUGGGCGAACCCAUCCACUCAACGAGUGGUCCUUGCAUGAGCUGCAUCUGCGGCGGCGAUGGCCAGAUGAAGUGCGACCCACAGCGCUGUGUCCCGAAUCCAACAACGGCCCAAAUGAUGGCAUCAGCUACGACUGGCCGUAAAAGAUGAACCACCAGCCAUGCACACUAAAAAUAGUUUUAACUAAUUUUUAAGCACUGCAAACUAAACAAUCAGAAGCACAGAUGAACAAACAGCCCAAAUUGCACCCACAGAGCUGCAUUCCUCACGUUUUUUGAAGGAACAACCAGAAAAUAGAAAUAAUAGACUCCGAAAUAGCAACAGAUACAAAACAAAA